AUGAAGGAAUACUUUAGGUUGAAAUACAUCGAAUUAUUAGAUUCUAUGCUUAAUGCUGAAGAGUUAUUAGCUGCUUUUAAGGAUAUCGAUUCUGCGAACGAUGAAACUUCAAUGGUUGAUGACGAUAUCGAAGAGAAUAGUAACAGUAACAAGUCUGUAUGGAAUAAAGAGUUGCUGACAAAGAUGGCGAGCUCGUUAGUUAAUGUCUCUUUGACUAAAUUGAAAAAUCAACAACAACAACAACCAGGAGAAGACGAUGAUGAUGAUGCAGACGCUGAUUUUUUGGCCAUGGAAGAAUUACAACAUUAUAUAGAUAAGACAGCUAUAAAUUUGAAAUCCGCUGGUGAGAAACCAUUCGUUGCUUUGUUCCUUGAUAAAUUAAUUAGUAGAUUGGUGCCGGAGCCUUUGCCUGCAAGAGAACAUAUUUUACCUGAUGUAGUGGACCAACAGAUAUCUGUAGCGUUAUUAGCGUCAAAUGUACAUAAAUUGUCGGAGAAAAUGGAAAAUGUUUUUGAGUUCCAAGACACUAUAGUACGAGUAUUGACUUGGAGACAACCCUCUCAAAUGAUCCUCAUAUUAUUAUUGUUCACAAAAAUAUGUUAUAAUCCAAUGUACCUAAUAUUGUUACCAUUACUAUAUUUAUCCCUAGGGGUAAUCGUUAAACAAUACAACACGAAAUAUUCAGAAGGUACUCACUCUAGACAAUCCCACAGAGGUAAAAUAGGUAAAUCAUUAUUUAACGACUUGUUUAAAAACGAUCCAUCGUAUAAUACCAACGGUAAUGACUCAAAUACAACUCCACAGGAGAUCACACAUGGAAUGCAAGUAGUCCUCAAUCUAAGAGAUUUCCAAAACUUGACUACAAGUCAAUUACAUAUGAUGGAUACAUUUUCACAUUUCUUGAAUGAGACUGCAGCGUUCAAGGAUGAAAGGACUACAACAUUAUUGGUAGUAGGGUUAUUGUUUUCUUGUAUUGCAUUCAAGGCUCUAUCACCUUUCAUAAAUUGGAGUCUACUAUGUAGCGGUACAAUGUGGAUAGGAGCCAUAAUGACACAUCCGAAAUUAUUACCGCGUUUGAAACAGUUAUGUUCGUCACAUUCACAGGUUAAACAAAAACAGAAACAGGAAGAGUCGUCGACGUCAGUGAUGAAAUAUGACGUGAUAUUAGAUCAACAACCCUCAGCCCGUUAUGUGGAGAUCUUCGAAAUAUAUCGACAAGGAUUAAUUCCCACCACAUGGAAAUUCUUCAUUUAUUCAACAUCUUUAUUCAAUCUCACAGACGAAUACAGAAGAGCUCAAACUCCUCCUCCCGGUGUGAAGGAUUUGUCUCAGGUGCAGGCACCUGACCAAUGGUUAUUUGAUCCAAAUAGUAAAUGGGAAAUCGAUAAUAAUAUUGGAGAUUGGGCCUCAGAUAGAAAUUUAGACUUGUCUCUAGAUAAGGAAUUUUUAGUAGAUUCUGCAUUCAAGAGAAGAAGGUUAACUAGACGUGUUCUCAAAAAGUUAUCUUGA